CUGGGCACCGGACGGAGGGCACUUCGAGCUGGGCACCGGACGGAGGCACAUCGGGCUGGACGCCGGAUCACCAGGCGGAACAGCGGGCGCCGGGCCACCAGGCGGAGCAGCGGGCGCUGGGCCACCAGGCAGGACGGCGGGCGCCGGGCCCACCAGGCAGGGCGGCGGGCAGGCACCAGGCGGAGCCCCACCGGGCCCCCAGGCGAGGCGGCAGGCACCGGGCCCCCAGGCGGAGCGGCUGGCACCGGGCCCCCAGGCAGGGCGGCAGGCACCGGGCCAUCUGGCUCGACAGCGGGCAUCGGGUCACCAGGUAUGACAGCGGGCACUGGGUCAUCAGGCAUUGGAUCG